AUGUAUACUAAUAAAUUUAGAUUAUUAUCUAAUAUUUUUAUUCCAAGAAUUAAUCAAAGCAAAGUACAUAACAGAAUACUUCCUUCCCUAAUAUUUCAAAGAAAUUUUAAUAUUGCGAAUGUUAAUAACUUGGAAUACUUUGAUACAAGUUCAUUUGUAGAAAGGUUAGAGAAAGAAGGGUUUACAAGACAACAAAGUGAAGCUAUAAUGACAUCAUUAUCGGAAGUGAUGAAUGAGAGUAUGCAGAAUCUGACAAGUAAUAUGGUGACAUUAACAGAUCAAGAGAAGACUGUAUACACGGCCAAAGUGGACAUAUCCAAGUUAAAAUCGGAAAUGCAAAUGGUAGAAAAGAGUGAUUUCAAUGUGUUAAAAGCGGAAAACGAAAGGUUAUCAACAGAGAUCGAAAAAUUAAAACAAAAAUUAAAUGAAGAAGUCAAAAAGACUCAAGGGGGAGUCCGUUUGGAUUUAAAUUUAGAAAGGGGUAGAAUUAAAGAUGAAUCAAGGGCAUUAGAGGCAAGUUUAAAAGAAACUCACACCAAGAUUGAAAGUGACAUAGCUGGAUUAAGAACAAACAUGGAAACCGUUAAAUUCCAAAUAUUACAAUAUAUGAUCGGUACUUUAACUGGUGCCGGCGCUUUGAUCUUGGGUAAGUAA